AUGGAGAUCAGCUUCGCUGGGCGCCGGGCUCUGGUCACCGGGGCAGGGAAGGGGAUCGGCCGGAGUACGGUGAAGGCUCUGCGGGCUGCCGGGGCGGCUGUGAUCGCUGUGAGCCGGACUGCAGAGGACCUGGAGAGCCUGGCCAGGGAGUGUCCUGGAGUGGAGACGGUCUGUGUGGAUUUAGGGGAAUGGUCGGCGACUGAGGCUGCCAUGGAAUCAAUCGGGCUGGUGGACCUUCUUGUGAAUAAUGCAGGAGUGGCUCACCUGCAGCCUUUUCUUGACAUCACACAAGAAGCAUUUGAUAGGAGCUUUUCAGUGAAUGUGAGAGCUGCAAUUCUUGUAUCUCAGAUUGUGGCACGUCAGAUGGUUGAGCGUGGCAUACCUGGGGCCAUUGUCAACGUGUCCAGCCAGGCCUCUCAGGUGGCCCUACAAGAUCAUGCAGUAUACUGUGCCACAAAAGGAGCUCUUGACAUGCUCACAAAGGUGAUGGCACUUGAACUGGGUCCAAAAAAGAUUCGUGUAAAUUGUGUGAACCCCACAGUGGUAAUGACUGAUAUGGGACGCGCCAACUGGAGCGAUUCCCAGAAGGCUGAGCCAAUGCUAAAUCGGAUUCCCAUGGGUCGCUUUGCAGAGGUGGAAGAUGUGGUCAAUAGCAUCCUCUUCCUGCUCAGUGACAAGAGUGGGAUGACUACCGGUGCAUGUCUCCCCGUGGAUGGAGGCUACCUUAUCAGCUGA